CUAUUUCAAUGGGCUUCGGCCAUCCCAUCCGCUCUUAGAAAGUUCAAUCCUUCUUAGCCUAAUCUUUUCUGGCUGCGCUUAUUCAAUCAGCCUUACCCGCAACGGCACUUACUACGAUAGCAAUGCCUUCCAUCACGGACUUGCCCUGCGAGAUUAUGGGGGAGAUCCUGCGCAAGCUUGAUCAUCUACGGGAUCUCAGCUCCACGAUUCUUGCGUGUCGCCAUUUCUAUAACUCGUUCGUGGAGUUCCCUGGCCUCGAGGCUUCAGUCCUUCGUCGUCAAAUCACCCCGGCCCUCGUUCCAUAUGCAAUUGCUGCGAUGGACGCGCGGCGUUUGCCCCGAGACUCAGAGGUUGACCCCGUCCUCAACUUGCUUGACCAGCUCUAUGACCAGCCAGCCACUCUCGCGGACCGGCUUAUGACGUUGCGAACUCCUCUCCUACGAGAGCUGAGUGAUUACCACGAUACAAUUCGCGCCGUGGUAACCGCCUUCGCGAGCUUUGCCUUGGAGCGUCUUUUGGCUCAAAGCGCAUCGACGAGCGUGGCCCUAUUGCCCACCGAGUACUUCUGCUUCUGCAGCUCUUUCUACAGUCUCGAGCUAUUUAAUAUAAUGCUUUGGCAACGGAAUAUCGUACGCAACAAGGACCGGCCCUGGGAGAACGAGCAACUCGCUUGUGCAUAUGAGCAACUCGCUUUUGAUUACGUCGGUCGCCGGGCAAAACUUUUGGAAGGUUGAUCGGGACAUCCCAAUCAUGCGGGCCCUUUGGCGGGAUACUCUGACGCCUAUUACGGAUUCCUUUGAAGUUCUCGAUGAUGGUCUGUUAAGUUGGAAACCGAGGGAGGUGGUGGACUAUCUUACGCGCCGAUAUGGCAAGCAGCCAAUACACAUCUGGCUAUCUAACGGGGUGGAGUUCGUCUAUGACUUGGCGAUUUCCGGUUCUUACGGUGACGGUAUGCGUGUGCUUCCACCGUGGCGCCGCCACGGCGUCAGGCUACCUGAGCCUUUAGCAUUUGCCAAUUAUUAUGCCAAUAUCAAGGCCGGUCAUGGAUAUGUCAAGGACUAUACUGAGAAAUAGUUGCACGCCGUCGUGACGCGAGAUAA